AAAAUGUUUUAUAUAAGCACAAAGAUGCCAUGGUGAGGCACCACACCCCAGAAAAACUGAGCAAGCCAGACAUCAUGGAAAAUGGUGUUGUGACCGUGAAUAGAAAAAACCAUGAAUCCAAAGCUAAUUCCACCAUUACCAUUAAGGGUUUCAUGAGCCUUCUGAUGAAAAGUGUAGAUGAGAAUGGUGAUGGUAGCAAGAGAGUUAUUUCUCUGGGUAUGGGGGAUCCAACUCUCACCACUUAUUUUCCCAUCUCAACUGUAGCUGAAGAAGCUGUUUCCGAAGCCCUUCAGUCACACAAGUUUCGUGGCUAUGCUCCCACUGCAGGUCUUCCACAGGCCAGGAUUGCAAUUGCUGAAUACCUGUCUCGUGACCUUCCUUACCAAUUAUCAAGUGAGGAUGUUUAUAUCACUUGUGGAUGCACACAAGCCAUUGAUGUGUCAGUGGCAAUGCUUGCUCGCCCCGGUGCAAACAUCUUGCUUCCAAGACCAGGCUUCCCACUCUAUGAACUUAGUGCUUCAUUUAGAGGGGUUGAAGUGAGGCAUUAUGAUCUGCUUCCAGAGAAAGGUUGGGAGGUUGAUCUAGAUGUUGUUGAAGCUCUUGCUGAUCAGAACACUGUUGCUUUGGUGAUUAUAAAUCCUGGGAAUCCUUGUGGGAAUGUGUAUAGUUACCAUCAUUUGGAGAAGAUUGCUGAAACUGCAAAACGGAUUGCAACAAUUGUGAUUGCUGAUGAAGUUUAUGGUCACCUUGCAUUUGCGGGCAAGCCUUUUGUGCCAAUGGGAAUUUUUGGCUCUAUUGUUCCUGUUCUGACUCUUGGCUCAUUUUCUAAGAGAUGGAUAGUUCCUGGAUGGAGGCUUGGUUGGUUUGUUACAAAUGAUCCAUCUGGCACUUUUAGAAAUCCAAAGGUAGAUGAGCGAAUUAAAAAGUACUUUGAUCUUUUGGGAGGUCCUGCCACCUUCAUCCAGGCAGCUCUACCUCAGAUAAUUGCGCAUACUGAAGAGGUUUUCUUCAAGAAAACCAUUGAUAAUUUGAGGCAUGCUGCAUAUAUAUGCUGUAAAGAGUUAAAGGAUAAUCCAUACAUUAUUUGCCCUUAUAAACCAGAAGGGUCCAUGGCUAUGAUGGUAAGACUAAACCUUUCACUUCUGGAGGAUAUUAGCGAUGAUAUUGAUUUUUGUUUCAAGCUUGCUAAGGAGGAAUCCGUUAUCAUUCUUCCAGGAACUGCGGUAGGGCUGAAUAAUUGGAUUCGUAUUAUUUUCGCUACUGAUCCAUUUGCUCUGUUAGAGGGUUUGAAGAGGGUAAAAUCUUUUUGUGAAAGGCAUGCAAGAAAGUGUUUAAAGACAACUGAAUAAAAUUCACAAAUUAAGGCGGCUACUAUGUUGUAUUGAGGACCUAAUAGGUUCUCAAAUAUCCAAUUUUGCGAAUUGGAUCGUUUUACAAAUAAUUGUGAUUCUCUGUAUUUUUUUCAGUUUUAUUGUUAGCAAGCUAGUUUAUCACUAGCUUUUAAGGAAGGAUUCUCCAAGAAUCUAAGUGUUUAUCAAUUGGUAUUUGUGUUUAUUGUUGUAUUAGAUAUUUUAAAUAAUUCUGCGAUGUUAUUAAUCA